AUGAAGUUCUCGACCCUCAUUGCCACCACAGCCUUCUCCGGCGUCGUCUUGUCCGCGGCGACCGCCACUGCCAACCCCCAAGACGAUGUCUCCGCCAUCCUCGCCGCCCUCAGCGAAAACAACCCCGAAGACGCCGCCGCCGCAGCCGCAGCCGCAGCAAUGAAAGUCAAGAUCCGCGCCCUCCCAUCUUCAAACUCCGCAGCAGCAGCAGCAAACGGAGACGACGAAGUAUCUAGCAUUCUCACCGCACUUCGGGCUAACAGCCCCGCCGACGCUGAUGCCGCUGAAACGGCUAUGCAGAAACGCGCUACUACUGCUGCCCAGCAGGGAACCACUGGAGCUGGAGCUGCAACUACGACAACGACUACGACGACAACCCAGCAGCAGGGCCAGCAGGGCGCCGCAGCAGCUGGGAGUCAGGAUGUCGAUGCUAUCCUUGCGGCGCUCGCUGCUAACAACCCCGAUGACGCUGCUGCUGCUUCGGCGGGCAUGAAGUCUGGCGCCGCCGGUGCCGCCGGUGCUGGUACCACUACUGCUACUAAACUGCAGAAGAGGCAGACUGGGAGUGCAGCUGCUGCGGGCGGCGAUGAUAUCGCUAGUAUUCUGGCGGCGUUGAAGGGGAAUAACCCUGAUGAUGCUGCGGCGGCUGCUGCCGGGAUGGGGUUGAGCGGUUCGUCUGCGAAGAGGUGGGUUGCUUAGAGCUUUUUUACUCUUUGUGAAGAAAGUGGGAGGGUAGGGGUUAGAAGAUUGAGGGCCGGUGGGGGAGCCGAGAAUUGCUGAACAAGAUUGGGAUGAGAGGUUCUGUAUAUAGGAAGAUGUCUUGUUGUGAGAGGGUGAGUGGAAUUUAAUGUGUUUAUAUAUCUUUCUCCCCAACAAUGCCUGCGUGUUUAUUUUUUGAGUU